GAUGUCCUUCUAAUAACAGGAGUCUCACACUUCUGAGGAGGUGGCUUAUUGCAAGUAGCAUUUCUGGGGUUACACAACGUCUAUGUCGGUCGCAAUAUGUAAGGUCUUUGGCUAGGCAGACUCGCCCGCUCCCUUAGUUGUUCCCAUCCCCAUGCGCAAUUAUACCUUAGGCACCUGUUCUACCCAUAGCAUAUAUUUAUCCUCAGAUGGCAUCACGUACCUCUUCGCCGAAUAUGAUCCCUCAAUCGUGGCUUGCAGGCACGUUGAAAGAUGACGGCCAAUCCACAGCCGAGGCCUCGAAGAGAUGUCCAACGUGUGGGAGAGCGGGAUCAUCUUGCUUCAUGAUCAAAAUUCUAAGAAUCGAUAUGUCGAUCGAUACCCCUCGUAAUGACCAAUUGCCUACUGAAUCGAUAAUAUUUCCGGAACGCUGGCGACCGGAAGACCUUAUCAUCGCACACCUCGGAUCCGAAACCCAAGAAAACCUCAUCUCGAGGCAAUGGCUAGAGAACAAUAUCCCACAACAACUUCAGAUCCUCUUCGGUGAUGGAAGAAACAUGCAGUUACUCUGGAAGUUCCCACGGGGAAGAUACGAAUUCCAGACAGCUCAUCGAGUCGUAGACAUCAAAGACGGGCAUGGUAUAACAUUCAACCGAAAAAUACCUACGUCAGCUUCGAAUGACGUGUUCUUUGAAGAAGAACUAGCCCAAUACCCGCGACGCCGAAUAACGGGGAAGAUGGCUAUGAUGGAGGUGAAAGAGCGGGUCUCACGAGUUCUACAGAAAUUCUUACAUCUACGUCGGGCCAUGGAGGGAUCAGCCGGAAAGGUGAAGGCAGAUUCGAUCCGUCUUGGGGGGGUUUUACGCCGAGACAACAGCGAGGACCAUAGUCAAUCGGCAAUACCCAGCAUGCGCAAGGAGAUCGAUAGUCAACUAGAGGGCAAUUCCUCAGCAUCAUCGGAAGGAAAUUUAACAGCAGAAAGAGGAUUUUCGGUUUCUAGUAUAGCGUCUAAAUCGUCAGUCCCCGCGACCGAUUUAACAUCACAAUUAUAUUCAGACCCCGAUUCAUUUCAUCAGCCGCUCUCAAGAGCGAACAAUGAUGAAGCCAGAGGUCUGAAUACAAUCUGCUGCCAGAAUAUAUUGCACAGUCCAUCCAUUUCCCCCGCAGACCCCGAGACCUUUUUAACGAAGGAUGGGAAUAGACCAGGUCCUGACGUAUGUGAAUUGGUACAUCGUGCGUGGGCCACACAGCAAGAUCCACAAGCGAAUUGUCUAUCUCGAAAUGCGUCGACGAGUGAGGCCCGGUUGACCUCAUACGCUGAAUAUGAUACCCUGGACUCCAUGUGCAGCGAAAACAAUGGCGCUGCCCCCCGACUUCAAUACAGUUGUGAUGGGGAUGGGACACAAGCCACUACAUGUCUGACUUCACAUGAUGGCCAAGCGAAUACCUACUGCAAUCCGAUUAUUCCGCCGGUUUCUCUUUCCGACCAAGGCGACUGUGGUUCUGUGUGUUUAAGAUCACCGGAAAUCCCACCUGAUGGUCAAGAUGAACAGGACUCCUCGUCUAUGCUUUCAACUAUAUCCUCUCUUGGAAGCGACAUUCCAUACCCUGACAACUAUUGGACUUGGAGCACAGAGCAAAACAAUUAUUUCCAUACUGAGACGGGAUCUGACGGCACAGAAGUAACAAUAUGGUAUCCAAGGAAAUUUUCCUAAUCAUAACAUCUAGAUAACUUGCGAUGUUGUGGAGCGAUGAGAGUAAUUCUCAUCCAUGGGGUUUCUUUGACUCCUCUUUGAAGUAGGUUAUGGUCUAGCUUUUUUCGAUUCAUUCAGUGAUGGUGAUUACAACGCAGAACAAUAUUGCUGAAAAUAUUAUACGUAUGAAAUAUACCGUACUAUUAGAAAAAUGAAAUGUGUACAACAUCUAUAUGCUUUGAAAGGCGACGUUAUUUUGCUAGGCCAUAGCCUCAAAUGGUUCUUGUAGAUUUCGAGGCCAUGAUUUAGGCCACUUACCUGCAGGCAAUCGGUCAUUUUAGCCAAUACACAUGAUGUAGCAAG